CUUCUCACCUCCUUCCCAUCACCUUCCUUCCCUCUUCUCUUCUUCAAUCACCUCUUCUCGUCAUCAACACUGCUCUGUCUGCUGCCGUGAUAAGCAAUGCGGUUAGACGUAAAGAGACAACUAUUCGCGCGCUCGGACCGCGUCAAGGGCAUCGACUUCCAUCCCACCGAGCCAUGGAUCCUCACCACCCUCUACUCUGGCCACGUCCAAAUCUGGUCCUAUCUCACCGGAACAGUCAUCAAGACCUUCGACGUCACCGAAGUCCCCGUCCGCGCCGGUCGCUUCAUCGCCCGCAAAAACUGGAUCGUCGUCGGCUCUGAUGACUUCCAGAUCCGCGUCUACAACUACAACACCUCCGAGAAAAUCACACAGUUCGAGGCCCACCCGGACUACAUCCGCGCCAUCGCCGUCCACCCCACCCAGUCCUUCCUCCUCACCGCCUCAGAUGACAUGACCAUCAAGCUCUGGAACUGGGAUAAGGACUGGCGCUGCAUCCAGGUAUUCGAAGGCCACAACCACUACGUCAUGUCCCUGGCCAUCAACCCCAAGGACACAAACACCUUCGCCUCCGCCUGUCUCGAUCGCACCGUCAAAAUAUGGUCUCUCGGCUCCCCAACCCCAAACUUCACCAUGGAGGCCCACGAGACCAAGGGCGUCAACUUUGUCGACUACUACCCUCUCGCCGACAAGCCCUACAUCAUCACCACCUCCGACGACCGCUCCUGCAAAAUCUGGGACUACCAAACAAAGUCCUGCAUCGCCACCCUCGAAGGCCACAACUCAAACGUCUCCUUCGCCGUCUUCCACCCAGAGCUGCCCAUCAUCAUCUCCGGCUCAGAGGACUCCACCAUCAAGAUCUGGAACGCAAACACCUUCAAGCUCGAACAGACCUUGAACUACGGUCUCGAGCGCGCUUGGUGUGUCUCCUACCGCAAGGGCUCAAACGCCAUCGCCGUCGGUUUCGACGAGGGCUCCGUCGUCAUGAAAAUGGGCCGCGAGGAGCCUGCCAUCUCCAUGGACAACUCUGGAAAGGUUAUUUGGACAAAGCACGCCGAGGUCUGCUCUUCCAUCAUCAAGCCCGCCGACGCAGCCGUCAAGGACGGCGAGCCCAUCUCGCUCCCGCAGAAGGAUCUCGGCUCCGUCGAGGUUUACCCCACCCAGCUCCUGCACUCCCCCAACGGCCGAUUCGUUGCCGUCUGCGGCGAUGGUGAGUACAUCAUCUUCACCGCUCUCGCCUGGCGCAACAAGUCCUUCGGCCCGGGCCUGCAGUUCGUCUGGGCCCAGGACAGCAACAUGUACGCCGUCCAGGAGAGCACCACCUCCAUCAAGGUCUACAAGAACUUCAAGGAGCUCUCGAGUGGCCACAUCCAGUUCGACUUUAACUCGGACGGUAUCUUUGGCGGCACCCUGCUCGGUGUCAAGGGUAGCGACUGGGUGGCUUUCUUUGACUGGGACACCGGUCUCCUCGUCCGCCGCAUCGACGUCGUUCCCAACGAAGUCCACUGGUCUGACUCUGGCGAGCUCGUCACCCUGGCUUGCGACGACACUUUCUACGUCCUCCGGUUCUCUAAAGACGCCUACCUCACGGCCGUUCAAGAAGACCGCGUCGACCCCGACGAGGGCGUCGAGGAGUCCUUCGAGGUCGUCACCGACGUCAACGAGAGCGUGCGCACCGGAAAGUGGGUCGGCGACUGCUUCAUCUACACCACGUCCACCAACCGACUCAACUACCUCGUCGGCGAGCAGACCUACACCGUCUCGCACUUUGACCAGCCCAUGUACCUCCUCGGCUACAUCCCGCGCGACGGCCGCGUCUACCUGGCCGACAAGGACUCCUCCGUCGUCUCCUACGCGGUCUCCCUCUCCGUCCUCGAGUACCAGACCGUCGUCCUCCGCGGCGACAUGGACCAGGCCGCCCAGCUCCUCGACCAGAUCCCGCAGAGCGAGCGCACGCGCAUCGCGCGCUUCCUCGAGGGCCAGGGCUACAAGGAGCUCGCGCUCGAGAUCUCGACCGACAGCGACCACAAGUUCGAGCUCGCGCUCUCGCUCGGCGACCUCUCGAUCGCGCAGGACAUCGCCGUCAGCGACGGCUCGGACCACAAGUGGAAGACGCUCGGCGACACCGCGCUCGCCAACUGGGACGUCGUGCUGGCCGAGAAAUGUUUCUCUGCGGUCUCGGACCUGGGCUCGUUGCUGCUCAUCUACACCAGCACCAACAACGAGGCCGGCUUGCGCGAGGUCGCAAAGAAGGCUGUCGACUCGGGCGUGCAUAACUUGGCGUUCACUGCGCUGUGGGCGGUCGGCGACGUCGAGAGCUGCAAGGACCUUCUUGAGAGUACCGGGCGGAAACCCGAGGCGGCGCUGUUUGAGAUGACCUACGCGAGCAAAGCGAACGGAGUCACCGAGGCUGAAGAGGAGCCGGAGGCGGAAGAACAGCCAGAAGAGGAGGAAGCUGCUGAAGAGGAAGUUGAGGAGGAACCUGCUGAGGAAGUCGAGGAGGAAGCCGAGGAGGAAGAGCAAGAAGAGUAA